AUGGCUGAGUUUUUCCGCCUCCGCCGAAAUCAGAUGACCGUCGAUCAAUAUGAAGCUAAGUUCUCGGAAUUAUCUAAGUAUGCCCCGAGAUUGAUUGAGGACCCCGAGGAUAGGGCUAGAAGAUUCGGGGACGGGCUGAAGCCCGAGAUUAAGAGUGUACUAGCGCCGUUCAAUCUUCAAGACUAUGAUGACCUUUAUGAGAGGGCGCUGAUAGUGGAGCAGGACUUGGCCGAGAGGACCGCCGCAUCCGGGUCGCGGUUUACGUCAUCAAACAGAUUUGAGAAGAGGCAAGGAAAGAAGCCUAUGUAUGGAGGCGUACAUCACAUCCCACCUAAUCGCAGAGGAGCGAUCAAUAAGCCUGUUUUCCGCCAAAGUGAUGUGUGUAAUCAGUGUCACCAGAGACAUGGACCUGGUCCGUGCCCGUAUAGGAGUGGAGCCUGCUUUGGAUGUGGCCGGUUGGGCCAUCAGGUGAAGGAUCGCCCGCAGAGGCAGCAGAGAAUGCAAGCGCCACAAUUGAGAGGACCACUAAGGGGAGCCAUGCCACAAAACUUCCAGAAUCGUCCCCGUGCUCAAGGAAGGGUGUUUGCUCACACUCUACCAUUGGAUGUUGUUUUUAAGAUUUCUACACCUUUAAAGGAUAACGUAGUGGCUGCAAAUGGAUGUCCUAACCGUAGGCUGGUUAUAGAUGGACAUGAGGGUAGAAUAGACUUGAUUGUGCUAGAAAUGUAUGACUUUGAUCCGAUCGUGGGGAUGGAUUGGUUGAUGAAACAAAAGGUCAGUAGUGGAUUGUUAUCGUAA